AUGCCUUUGAACUCACUGCUCGGCCAGGCGGGCUUCAAGCUCGGUCCUCUGGUGCUCGAGACUCUGGUGAAGCAUUACUGCGAACGCAUCUUGAAGGAACGGGGGGAUGGUGUGACGCAGCUGAGCCAGGACGAGUUAUUGUACGAUGAGGCGUUUCAUAUCAUCAAGACGUUCAUGGAGGCCGCUACGAAACACACAGUAGAGGACCUACAAGAAUUCUCGAAUACACGCACUCCUUCUCCGCCAUGGACACGUGUCAUCCGUCUCGUCGUUCCCAUGUCCUGCUGCGAUGAUGCCGCGACAUAUCUGAUUAAAGCCCUCGGUGGACCAGAAGUGACGAAACGCGUCGUCGGAGGGACCAAAUGGUGGCAGGUGCGCGGCAUCCGAGGUGUCGACGCAGAGUGGCUUACUGCGAAGAAAGACUGGCAGCAGGCUAAGCGACGUCACAAGGAGCACCUCAGGAAUCACCCAAAAGGAGCAUCGAGUGACUCGCACAAGGGAAGCCUGCAUAGGACAGGCAGCGAUGGGCGUGGCCAAGAGGGACCCGCUAUAUAUGAACCGGAGAUGGACAAGAUGCCAUGUAUCCUGUAUGCUCACGGAGGUGGCUAUUACUUCGGUAGUAUCGACCAGGAGAGAUUUAGCAUUGAGCGUUAUGCUCGCAAGAUUAAUGGUCGUGCCUUCACUAUCAAUUACCGCCUUGCGCCACAGUAUCCAUUCCCUUGCGCUGUUCAAGACUUUCUCGCCGCUUAUCUGUACUUGAUCCGACCACCUGAGGGUGCGUCGCAUAGUCCCGUGGACCCUGGCAAUAUAAUCGUAGCGGGAGACUCCGCUGGUGGCGGCUUGUCAAUCGCUCUGCUACAGAUCAUUCGCGACAGUGGACUUCCGAUGCCUGCUGGCGCGGUGCUAAUAUCUCCAUGGUGCGAUCUGACGCAUUCCUUUCCUAGCAUACAUACCAAUAAUGCCACGGAUGUUUUACCCCCAUACGGGCUCUCGUUUCACAAACCUAGCACGCUAUGGCCGCCGCCUCCAGAUGAUCUCACCACGGAGGUGCAAAAUACCAUUCGCCACAAAGCCCGCCAGAUCUUCCAUAUGCGCAAGGGCCCAGAGAAUGCGGGACCUGCUUCACAGGAGACCAAAGGACAUGCACAAGAUAAUGUCGCCCACCAGGGACCUGCCCCACAGGAGGUCAAAGAACAUGCCCGAGACAAUGCCGACUACCAGUUCGUUGUUUCUCCGACAGGCCAGACAUUGCAUCUCGGACCUACUGCUUCGCUACCGACUCCCUCUUCCGUGCGUGAUCAAACCAUCACGCUUUGUGAGACCUCGGGUGAGGUGAUGAAGAUCGAGGAACAAAUCCAAUUGUACACUCCGAACUACCUGCUCACUCAUCCACUCGUGAGCCCUGUGGUCUCCUAUCUGGGAGGCUUGCCUCCAUUGUUUGUCAUCGCAAGUGAUAAAGAAGUGAUUAGAGAUGAAGUCAUUUAUUUUGCUCAUAAGGCUGCUUAUCCUGAUAGAUACCACGUCAAAGAAUCGGCCCGUAAUUUAUAUCCAGCAUUGGAAGGCAUAGAAUCUCGCUAUGGCCCAACGAAAGUGCAUUUGCAAGUGUAUGACGAUGCUGCGCAUACUCUUCCGACUUUGUUUGCCUUCACGACUCCUGCCAAAUACUGUUACCGGGCAAUUGCGACGUUCUGCAAGUACAUCACAUGCUCUUUGCCUACAACCCGCCCAUCAAAUCUGUCUGGCGACAUACCCUUCGUGGCUUCUCCAACUGACAGCAGCCCUUACCUCUCUGGAUCGCCAUCUUCUGAAGAUGUCAAUGCAUCUGUUCCGUCACCGCGGCUUCCUACGGAUGACCACCCCUUCUCAACUACAGAGCAAAGACCUCAUACUAAUCUCCUACACACGUUAGGCGGGCCAUCAGAUGACCGUAGAUCCGUUAAAUCUGGCAGACGAAGCUUGAGAAGAACUGUUAGCGUGAGCGUCACGCGCGCGAGUACAUUCUUGAAUCGAGCAGCGGGACAGUCCUCUCAAGUUGUCGAGCACUAUGAAGGGGGGAUGUCAGAAGGUAGCGACGUUGCUGGACCACGCUUUGGAAAGUCAGGUUCAAACGGCGAUGUCACCGUACGUAAGGCGGGAGAGGGCUCUGUUUAUGAGAACGGCCUGCAGGACAGUAUGAUUCGAGAACGAGUCUCCACCCGCGGAGUUAUUCGACCACUCGAGCCAGAAGAAGAGCUGCCGGCACUUCAAUUCCCUGAAGAGCUCAUCGGCGAGAUCUCCGAGCUUGUCAUGCGUCGGUACUUCGUCGGACGUGAGAAGUUCACGAGGAAGUUCGCGCAUGUUGUCAAGAACAUCGAGAAGAAACGGCGAAGAAACCUCACCCGAGCACGGCACGAAACGCUACAUAAUAUCCAGCAAUUGCAAGCAUACCUUCUUCAAGACGAUAAUGCUUCCGACUCCAACACAAAGCCUUAUGCACCGAAGGGACUACAAGAAGGCCUUGUCAGUGUUGGCAGUUGGCCAUGGGCCUGGGCGUUAGACGAAGACGAGGAGCCUCCAGCAAGCAGUAUCGUCGCACGAAGGGACACUGAGGAGGCGCGACAUUUAGCUCGGAUAGCUGAUAAGGCAUUCCUAGCGGACGAGAAUACUAUCAGCGGAAACAAUCUAUGGACGGUAAUGGUAAACUUCUUGAGCAAGACCCCAGGUAAAGACAAGCACGAACACGAAGAAAAGCAUGGCCAUGAGAGCGAGUCCAAGAAUGAGCAAGUGGCUGGUGCCGCAGGAGAGGAGAAACAUGAUUCAAACUUUAAAUGGCUUCGUGCAGGACAUAAGAAGCAUCAUAGAAGAUCAGUCUACAAACAAACGGAUGGUGCGGUGAGUUAUCAAGAAUCCUAA